AUGGCUUGGUGGGAAGGCUUCGAUGAAAUUCGUCUUCUCAUCGCAGCAGAUACUGCUGAAACUGGAAACGACGUCGGACAAUUGCUUUCGCUUCGGCAUCCCAAGUCCGGAAACUCAAUGUGCUGUCUUUUGGUUAAUGGAGUUCUUCAGGAGCUUAAUUGGUUCAAGCAACCCUACACUUCUUGGUUUCUGGGUGACUAUGUUGCUGAAGAUGGUGGGUUAUAUACUGCCACUCCAGUUGAUCCUGUUUUCAUUUUGUUGCCCAUUUUUGAAGAAGCUAGAAUGAAGAAGGGGGACGAUCUGGGGAAGUUCAGGCUUGUAGAUGAGAUAAUCUUUGUUGAAGGCUAUCCUGGAUAUCAGAAACUAUUGUCCAUUGCGGAGAAUUGUAUGCAAGUAGUUUGUGAAAUCAAAGAAAUUGGAUCCUCAAAAUUUUUCAGGCUUGAUGAUUCCAAAGUUCUAGCUUGGAUGUACCAUAAGGUAUGUCAGCUAAAACAGACACUAUCCACCUUGGACAAUAAUUAUGCUGCAAGGGAAGAGAAAGAUAGAUUAAUUGAUGCAGUUUCAAUAUUAGGGGAAUACUUGGAUGAGCCCUGGCUGAAGCUUUUGAGUGACCGUUUGAGGAUAGACUUAACAGAGGCAACAAGAAAAAUGUCAGAUAUCGAAAUUCUCCCGACUGCCGCAGAAUGCAAUGGCUCACAGGAAAAGAGUAAGAGUGACAAUAAGACUACCAGAGGUGGAAGGCAAGCUAAGAAGCCCAAAGUGGAGACAGAAUCACAUAACAUCAGAGAAAUGUUUAGUAGAGCUUCUUCAAGAAGGAAAAAGUGA